AUGGUCGACUUCGUGUUCGACAAUUCUGAUAAUUGGUAUAUCGCUGGUCAAGACAAAUCUACCAAGGAAUAUAAGGUGUGGAAGGCCCCAUUCGAUGAGAAAGGUUUGGCGGUCGAGAUAUUCACUGGAGAGGCAACAUCGAUUGACCUAUACUCUACCAGCGGAAACACUUAUGUUUUCGCAAUCGUUGAUAGCGAGAUUCGUAUGUAUGGUACCCCCGGCAAUCGCCGACCGCCUCUUGCGGGUGAUUUCGUCGUCAUCCGAGCGGCCGAAAAUACCCACGAUUGGGCAGCUCUCAUCUUCGACAGCUCAGCUAAGUAUCUUUAUGUGUCCGACAGGAAGAUGAAUCAGGUCUAUCGCUUUGAUGUGACUUCUUCAAGUUACCCUGAGAGGCUUGUUGCUGGUAAUCCCGAUGGUGUUGCUGCGGAUGAUGAAACGCAUCUCGACCAUCCCGAAGGAAUCAGGUUUGCCCGUGGUGACCUCUAUAUUUUACAAGGUUCCCCUGAAGAAGGCCAUAUUGUUAGGUGGACUCCUGGUAAGAGCAAACGAAAGUUCGUCUACGACUUCGCCGUUAAUG